CCGCUCUUGGUGGGAUUGCUGGCGAAUAAGGAUCCGGCUGCGAAAAAGUAUGCCGAAUGGACUGGCAAGGCGUGCCGGGCCGACGGACUCCGCUACGAGCUACGCGUACUGGAUGACCCCAUUGAUGUCGAAGCAGCGUUAAUGGACGCGAAUGACGACCCGCGUGUACACGGAAUUAUCGUCUACUAUCCCAUCUUUGGUCAAGAGGAAUCCUUUUCUGGUGCAAGCCAGGAUGACUACCUACGAGACUCCGUCAGUUUCAAAUGUGACGUCGAAGGCUUGUGUCAUACGUACCGAACGAAUCUUUACCGCAACGUUCGGUACUUGGAUUACCCGAGCAAUACAGAAAAGUGUUUGCUACCCUGCACGGCUCUAUCUGUUGUAAAGAUUCUGGAGGAGUGUCCCGGAUGCUACGACAUGACGAGGCCUCUGGGCAAGCGCAACGAAGGAAAAACCAUCACGGUCAUCAACCGUUCUGAAAUUGUAGGCCGUCCUUUGGCUGCCAUGCUCUCCAAUGAUGGAGCAGACGUUUAUUCGGUAGAUGUCAACUCAAUCUAUUUGUUUACGGGUGGACGAUUGCAUAAAGUAGACGAAACACCCGAGUCUUGUGUUCGAAAGUCCUCCGUUAUUAUCACGGGAGUGCCAACGAAGUCCUAUCGACUUCCAACGGAAUGGAUCCAGGAACAUACGACGGUAGUAAACGUUUCGUCAUUCAAGAAUGUGGACGAAGAGGCUCUCUUAAAGAUUCCUGGGGUGGUCUACGUCCCACUGGUCGGAAAAGUCACGGUUGCCAUGUUGGAAAGAAAUUUAAUGCGAUUGUAC